GUGAAAAGAGAGAGAAAGAGAAACAAAAAGAUAGACAGAAAAAUAGACCGAGAAAAUUUUUCUCUUUCUCUUUGUAAAGGAAAACAGUUUGAGCUUUGUUUUUGUUUAGAUGUUUACGUUUAGACAAUCAGUUAAUUUAAUCCAAUCAAUUAAUAGAUACCAAUUUUUAACUAAUUGUUCAACUAAUCGUAUUAAAACAAUGUCCACUUUUCUGUCCACUGAUUAUACAAUCGAUAAAUACAAUGGAGUCAAUGUUGAUUUAGAUAAAAUCUCAAUUUCUAUGCCUCAAGUUACCAAGGAUUCAUCACUUUUCCUCACUCAUCUCAAUGGUUCAUUGAAAGACUGGUCUACCAAAGGAUACCGAGCGAUUUGGUUUACAGUUAAAUUGGUUCAUUCAAAUUUAGUGCCCAUUCUGAUUGAGAACGGAUUUGAUUAUCAUCAUGCUAAAUCGGGAUAUGUAACUUUAGUUAAAUGGAUUAAGGAAGAUGAGCCAAACAAUAUCCCAUCUUAUCCUUACACUAAUAUUGGUGUUGGUGGACUUGUGAUUAACAGUAAAGAUGAAAUUCUGGUUGUAAAAGAGAAAUAUCAUCAUGGUUAUCCGUUCUGGAAAUUUCCUGGUGGUUAUGCUAAUCAAGGCGAGGGUUUUGGUGCAACAGCGGAGAGAGAGAUUUUCGAAGAGACUGGAAUUAAGACUCAGUUUCAAUCGGUUAUCGCCUUGAGGCAUUCACAUAGAUUCCAAUUCAAGUGUAGUGAUAUUUAUUUCGUUUGUCAAUUGAAACCAAUCGAUGAGAAUAACAUGACUCCGGUUAAAGAUCUUCAUGAAAUUGUCGAUGUUCGUUGGAUUCAUAUUAACGAAUUGUUACCUCUUCUAUCGGGUUUCAAUGCUUUUAUACUCGAACAUUUCUUGGCAAUUAGGAAGCAGAAAACUCAAUUAGUUUGUAAAAACAUGGAAACUGUCAUUGGCAAUGUUACUGUUUAUUUCCUUGAAAACAAUAAUCAACCCGAUUCUUGACCAGUACAAACAGUUUAGUUAAAUCAAUGAAACGAUAAACUGGACUGAUCAGUGAAAACUUCAUCACCGAGCAUCAGAUGAUUGAUAUUAUAAUUGUUUAGUAUUUUUAAACUUGUUAAAUGAACAAUUCAAUCAAUUUCCUCAUGAAAUUCUGGUUAUUGACUGAUUUUGCAUUUGUUUAUCAUUUUGAUUAGUUGUUUUAUAUAUUUACUUUUCUGUUAUCAAUUUAAAUUGUUGCAAUUUAUUUUCAAUAAAUAUAAGAUACAAAAUAUAUUUGUAAAUGAAAUUACAAUUGAAAGUUAAACAAUUAAACCAAUCUAACGAUACCAAUUAAA